AUGAAAACGAGUGUAUGCGGAGAAUCGAAGGGUCUGAAGCUGGGUGGACUUCUGUCGGUCUUGCACACGAACGGAGGUGAGCAGACGAGCGUUCAAGGCUGCAGCGCGAAGGUGGCAGUAAUUGACGGGCUUGGGAGUCACCAGCCGCUGGAGGUUCUGGUCGUGGCGUACCCGAAGGACCUCAAGCGUAAGCAAUUCGACCUUGAGCAAGAUAGUAUGAGACUGUUAGUUCUGCCGCCACAAGAUCUCGACGAGUACCUGGGUGAAGAUGUUUCCCUGUUCGGGCUCGAGAACGAGUGCCCACAGAGGAAGCACAACACGAAGAGCAGGAGCGAUCCCGAGGAAUCAGUUGCGCAGUUUGAGACGCGAGCGACAGACUACCAACGAGCCGCGGACUCUCUCGCCAGUAAUGUUUGGCACGGCUUGGUGGCGCCCAAGAACCCGCUUGACGCGUUGAAUGAACACGUCGCUGACCAAAUCUUCCAAGACAUCAUGCCGAGGACUAUGGAGUCAGCGCGACCCGUGGAAGGCGCUCGGCGAGCCUUUAUAAAGGAGUGGCGUUCUGUAACUAAAGAGGAUUACGACUUGCUCUGGAAGCAACACUUCAAUCCUCAAGGAACUAACUCGAAAACACAUGAAGCAGAAUGUGUUUUCGAGUUAAACUGA